UGACGUCACACGUGCACAGCGUCCACACACGCCAAACUUCAGUGGAGAUGAAGUCGCGGAUUAAGUUAAUUAACGCUGAUUGAGUGAUUAGUGGUUCGCAGAGAUGCUGCAGUGGAGGGACAGGAGUCCUCAGCAGUGGCAGGAGUUCGUCAAUCAGGAGGUUUGUGUCACCGCUCGCGAUCAGCAGCGCUUCGAGGGACGCGUGUUCACGGUGGACCCCGUUUCGGCCAGUGUGGUGCUGGUGAGUUUCCCGGAGACGAAGCGUCCGUCGGUGAAGGUGGUUCUGGGUCACGCGGUGACAGACGUUCAGAUCCUCGCGAGCGGAACGAAGGAAUCGGAGAGUCGGAUGAAGAGCCUGUUCCUGCCGGACAGAACGCAGGUCCUCAGCGCCGACGAGCUGAAGUCUCGGAGGGAGAACCUGCGCGUGUGGCUGGAGAAGAACCGAGUCCCGGUGACCGAAGACGGCGAUGUUCUUCGUGUGGCGGGUGUGUUGAGCAUCAGCGCCCCCUACAGCACUGGAGACUGCAACUGCGCCAACGAGAUCAUUCUGGCCAGAGUUCAGAGUCUAGUCGAGAGCAUCCCUGGAGAACACACUUCACUCGCACAAACCUGACAUGAAUCCACGUGUUCUGAGAGUGUUCGUUAAGAGGAGAUGUUAAUGCACAAUGAGAGAGUCGAACAGCAUUUCUCUGCUACAUUAUGUAAAUAUCUACGGUUUUGAUUGUUCAUGCAACGUUCAAAGUUCCUGUGUGUUUGCUCAUGUUAUAAUAAAUGUUUCCUGAUGAAUAAACUCUUAUGCAUCGCAGGUUUUGUAGUGUCCGCACUAAUCGUAAAUAAAUGUUGAAUAUGGAUAAUUGAAUUUUUAAUAUUCACAGUUUAAAACCAAUGCGUUCAGAAUGUACAAAUUUGAAAAGAUUUUCAGUCGAAUUUGUAAAUCGAAAUCAAAUAAACCGAAAAUUGCCUGAAGAAUA